AUCACCUCGCAUUUCUCUUCAAUCCGAUGCUGUUGUGUGCGGAAGUGUAGCUGAGAUCGCCAUGUUGCGACCGCUCCACGGCACACUAGAGUGCACUUUGGCGAGCUGCCUGCCGGCUUUGGUGCUGCGUGAAUGGCCCUUGGUGCUGGUGUCAUGGAUGGCGAUGUCCAUGGCACACAACAUGCGGCCGUUGGCACAAUGGAAGGGUGUCCAGCUCCUGGGCCUCCUGCUCCCCGUGUUCCCCUGCUCGAGGUUUGGAAACCUGUUGGCGAUGUUGUGCCACAUCAUGUUCGCCAUCUUUCGCUUGCAGGUCCGACGUGCUGGCCUCACGACGUUGGAGCUGAAAGAAUGUCUCCCCUGGCUCACAGCCGGCUUGGUCCAUCUCCGUUCGGUGUGUCCGCGCGGGAGGCCAAGUCUACAACUCUCAGCACUUGCAGCUCUUGCUGUUCAUGCGGCAGGCCGAUGUGAAGCGGAUCGGGCCUUGCGCAGGUGGUUUGAGCGCAACAGAGCAGCGCCUGGUCGUGAAGACUACGCAGAGUACACGACCGAGAAUUUUAUCAGCUGGUACGUGCGGGGCCACCAGGACAGGGCCUACUCUCCCCAGGUGGCCGCAGACCGCGAAGAGCUCUACCAGCAUAUCCUGGACAUGUACCACAGAGGAACUCCCAUUGUCCUGCUGGCAAGGCAAGCACCGCUUUAUCCCUUCUUCUUGGACCUCGACUUCUGGGGCUCUACAAGGCCCGAUGAUCCCUUGCAUAGCAUCGUGGCAGAGGGCGAUCAUUUGGUCCUUCUUCGCUGCAUUGCGUCCGCCCUGCUGGACAUCUUCCCACAGCAAGCGACGUUGGAGGUGGCCGUCUUCUGCUCCUCGGGAGUGGAUCGAGAAACAGGUCGCUACAAGGCCUCCUUCCAUGUACUUUUCCCCGAGAUCAUCGUGCGAAGACCCAUCUUGUGCCUUGACGCCACACAGUCAUUCUGCUUGGACGGGCAGGCAGCAUCACACAUCUUGGUCCGAGAUCACGUCGUGGCCUCCUUGGCAGCGGCGGAGAAAGAGGUGCAGCGCUUGAACUCAUUGCGGAUGAAGGCCUCCAAUGAGAUCAUCGAGGCCAACCCCGAAGAGACGCCUGAAGAGGCCUUACGAAAAAAUGAUUGGUGCGAGAUCUUGGAUGAGAAUCCCUUCUGGCACGAUCCGAGACCAGGUCGGCGCACCGGCUUUCGGCUGCCGUUCACGGACAAGCGCUGGGGAGACAAGGCGAUGGAAGGCCGUGUGAAGUUGCCCUUAGGCCGCUGGAAGUUCCAGGCCCCGGACAUCUUAGAAGAGCUUCCCAACUUGACUGAUCUCGAAUGGGUCCGCUUGGGCGACGUCUCUCGCAGCUGGGCGCAAGCAAAGCGGUCGAAGAUCAGUGAACAACAUGGGUGUGACUCCAAAGCUAAUCCAAAACCAUGAUAGGUUGACACAAUUUGACACAUGGCCACAUGGCAGAGGACUGGUCGAACAGUUGACUGGUUUUUGCGAUUUCAGAAGUUGGUCAUGUCAAUGUUGUCGACUAUGAUGGUAAUGACACAACUGGUGGGUUCUACGAUCACUGGACAAAUAGAACGUCAAUGGUAGCGACGGUGAGCCCACUUGCCCAUUUUUCACCACUUGUUGAAGGGUUAUAUACCUCUAUGCCUCUAUACCUUCAAGGCAUUUUGUCCAGUCCUUCGGCAGCCUUCGGCCACGCAAAUAUAUACUCAUAUAUAAUCAUAUAUAUAUAUAUAUCCUGUUCUGACCCUGUGAGAUACUCCUCGAUGUCUUCCAACAACAGGUCGGCGGUAUCCAAUUGAUCUUAGGAUACUAGGCGCCGCUUCAGUGUCAGGAAAGCGCCAGGGGCAGUUGCAGGGAGGUUUCUUGUGGGGUGACACAUCAUGAAUUUGGGUUUCUCGCUGUCCCAAACAUUCAGGACCAACUCAAAACAGACCUUGAAAGUUUUGAGAGAUGCUGGGUCCCUGGGUCAAGCUGCCCUUUGUUGGGCCUCUGGGCUUGCGCAAGAAGUUCUCGUGAAAAGUCCUGCAUGGGAAAUGCGCGGCGCACGUACUUGGAAUUACCGUAUGUUUUUUUGCCAACCCAUAAUAUCAAUUGUUUGUUGUGCCAGUGUCUUUGUCGGGCCAUUGUCUUUAUUCAUCAAAGACGAUCUGAUUAUAUAAUAAAAGAUUGUAUUGAUGGAUUGUUUGCAAAGAACCAUUCAUCCAGCGAAUAGGAUGGACCCAGCCUGUACAUGCCUGAUGGAAUCUCAGAACUCUCCCAGCCUUGUUCAGUCCAAAGAUCCCCACCAAGGUCGUUGAGUCUUUUUUGAUGGAGAUUGCCGAUUGUCCUGCGGCUUCGGAGACCCCGAUGAACCAACAGAAGCUCCAGGCUGACCAAGCUGAUCUUUGUUGCAAGUGCCUGGUGUGUGGCUUGACACCUUGAAACGCUUUCGCAUGCAUCGCGACCCACUACAAGACCAGAAUAUUGGGAGUGUAGCCAGAUCACCUUCUAAAGAUACGGUGAUCAGCAGAUUGGUGGUUUUGAGGCUGCAGGAGCCAAAACUCAAAAGCCACUCGUAGACAAGGCCCUACGAGAGCAACUUUCCUUGUGAAACCGGGAGGAAGUUAAGACAAGCAUGCAGAAAGAUGUUGGGUUGAUCUCAUCAUGGGGGAUCGUUGUCAGAAUUAUGUUGAUCAUGAAUCAUGAGACAGAGACCUCUUCAGACUUGUUUUUAUGUUGUGCAAGACGUUGUGGGAAACAGCUACAGGAUAAAGUGGUGAAGAAUCAUGAAACACGCAAAUCAACACCAAGCCUGGACUGCAGGAUCAUGACACGCAAGUUUGAAGCACUUACCAGAAAUUGAAAGUUGCAGUGUUGACCAAUCUUGGGAUUCUCCGUGAUUUCUUCACAUUUCACCACGGGUGUAAAUUUUGGUGCAAGCAGAACAUGGGGUCAGCAGUUGCAGAAGCUUCACUUUGCUCAACCUUGAAGCAAUUGCACUUGAUCAACAAGAUCCAUACAAGAUCCUGCAUUCAACGCAACUUUCUUGUCCAUACUCCAAUUGGUACAAAAAUGUUCGAAUGUGCUAGGUCUGGACAGACGAUGAUUCCCAAUAUAUCUAGAAAAAUAAAGAUAAUAAACCCAAUAGAUAGUAAAAGAAUAAAUAUAUAUAUAUAUAUCACCAAAUAAUAAUCGUUUACCAAUAUAAUUC